AUGGGAGAGGAGCCCGCUGUGCGCGGCAGGGCCGGAGAUCUAGGCCCCUGCAAAAAGAGAUCUGAAACUCCAUCGACGUCUUCCAACCCGACCCCUCGGAAAAAGCCUUUAUCAAUCGCAAAGUCCUGGACGCCUUUGACCGUGGGGAGUGUAAAAUACUAUAGUCGUCACAAGGGGGAGGUCAAUUCAUGCGCUUUCUCCCCGGAUACCCGGAUCCUCCUCACGUGCUGCGAUGACAACAAAGUGUAUAUGUGGGAGUCUCAGAGCGGGCUUUUGCUUCGGAAGCUGCCGGGCCACACAGGUCCAGUGCGAUUCUGCAGGUUCUCUCCUAAUGGCAAAUAUUUUGCAAGCGCCUCUCGUGACUGCACUGUCAGGCUGUGGGAUGCAAAAACCAGCAUCAAAUGCCUCCAUGUUCUGAAAGGUCACUCCCGGAGUGUGGAGACAGUCAGCUUCAGUUCAAACUCUAAACUCCUGGUAUCUGGAGGCUGGGAUCACAAGGCAAUCCUCUGGGAAGUGAAGAAAGGCCAGAUCAUCACUGAACUCCUUGGACAUCACGAUGCCAUCCAAAGCAGUGACUUUUCUCCCAUUUCAGAAUAUCUUGCAACUGGCUCCUGGGAUUCCACAGUCAAAGUCUGGGAUCUGAGAAUACUGGAUAACAUUAAAAAAAAAACACUGGAAGGCCAUCAAGGAAAUGUCAGCUGUGUGUGUUUCUCCCCAUCUGGGCUCCUGGCCUCAGGUUCCUGGGACAAAACUAUACGGAUCUGGAAUCCUGAGACAGGGAAGCUCCUCAUUCAACUGUUAGGACAUCUGACCUGGGUGAAGAGCAUGGCUUUCUCUCCUGAUGGGAAUCAAAUGGCUAGCUCGGAAUACUCUGAGAUGGUCAAAAUCUGGGACUGCAAGACUGGAAAAUGCACAGAGAGCCUGAGGGGAGUCUUAGAAGUGGCCCAUGUCUGCGCUUUCACCCCAGAUGGGAGGUUGCUGGUUUCAGGGUCAGCUGAUCACCGAAUAUUUGGAAGAGAUGCAGCAGAUCGAAAAGUAUUUGGAGAAUAUUCCAGGCGCUAUCAGUCAAGCCAGCUACCCAUUCAGAAGUCAGCUCUAAACAGCUGCUUGAAGGCCACUAGAAUACACAGUCCAGGUGUACGUAUGCUGGAACCAGAAGCUUCAAUGAAAAGAACUGUGAUCCAGAGCCCCAUUUCUACCUCAUGAUGAGAAUGUGGAAAAGCUAAGACCCAAGCCAAGUGAUAAGUUAAAAAGAAACAUCACAGUUAACCUUAAAUUCUGACUAUCAAGAUAAGUACCUUACACAGUAACCAAUAAAGAAUCAACACACUCCAACC